AUGGCCCCGCCCUCUUUUCGAACUCCGCGCUGUGAUUGGCCGUUUCGAACAACACUUCCUCCUGAAAGAUUGAAUGUUCCAGGCACGCGGAUUGCAAACGUUCUCCCGAAGAUGCCCAGCAGCACUCUGUCACCCUGCGCCCCACAGCUCUGUCACCCUCGCCCCACAGCUCUGUCACCCUCGCCCCACAGCUCUGUCACCCUGCGCCCCACAGCUCUGUCACCCUGCGCCCCACAGCUCUGUCACCCUGCGCCCCACAGCUCUGUCACCCUGCGCCCCACAGCUCUGUCACCCUCGCCCCACAGCUCUGUCACCCUCGCCCCACAGCUCUGUCACCCUCGCCCCACAGCUCUGUCACCCUCGCCCCACAGCUCUGUCACCCUGCGCCCCACAGCUCUGUCACCCUGCGCCCCACAGCUCUGUCACCCUGCGCCCCACAGCUCUGUCACCCUGCCCCACAGCUCUGUCACCCUCGCCCCACAGCUCUGUCACCCUCGCCCCACAGCUCUGUCACCCUCGCCCCACAGCUCUGUCACCCUGCGCCCCACAGCUCUGUCCCACAGCUCUGUCACCCUGCGCCCCACAGCUCUGUCCCACAGCUCUGUCACCCUGCGCCCCACAGCUCUGUCCCACAGCUCUGUCACCCUGCCCCACAGCCCUGCUACACACAGUCUCACCAACAACCCUAUUACCCUUAAACCAUCUACACUAUCUCUGUGGGAUUUGUUCCUGGAACAGAGAAGCAGGAAGAACAAUAACCCCAACCCUGAUGAUCCUCAUGAUCCUGAACUUUGA